CGCAAUAUUCUAUAGAACAGGCCGCCGUGUCAACAUGCUUUGUAAACAGAGAGAGUGUGACUGUUCUAUUUUCUCUAUGGUGACACGUUGGAAGUGCAGGAACUAAGAAAAUGCAGCGAAGGGACACGUCAUUAUAAAUAGAACACUGCUAUACGAUGUACAAGCUGCAAGUCAGCUGUUUCAGAGAUGGCCAAAGCACGGCGAUUGUCCAUCACAAGAGUUCUUGUGGUGGCAAUCUUUCUGACAUUUUUAGCCUCAAUGGUUCUGAUGAUUACCUACAAUAAUUGCGAUUGCGAGAGCACAGAAGAGAUUGAACGAAAACUUCAAAAUAUAAAGUGUAAUAAAGCUAAGGAUAUAGAAAAAAGCAAGGAUGGCACUAUAGACCAGGCAGAUAAGAAAGAUGAAGAUGAUAUGUCUAAAUGGGACCCUCACGUUCUUGCCAUUAUUGUUCCCUUUCGGGAACGAUUUGAGGAACUUCUACAAUUUGUACCGUAUAUGCACAAAUUUUUAAACAUGCAGAAAAUAAGGCAUGAGUUUUACAUAGUGAAUCAAGUUGAUAGCUACAGAUUUAACAGAGCAUCACUUCUUAAUAUUGGCUUCAUGCAAGCUAAAAAGAAAUGCCAAUAUCUAGCCAUGCAUGAUGUAGACUUACUACCAAGAAACGAGAAGCUAAGUUACCGUUUUGAUGUGGUACAGAAAGGGCCGCAUCAUUUGUCAUCAUACGAACUUCAUCCUCGCUACGGUUAUAAAACAUUCGUUGGAGGAAUACUCAUGUUACAGAUGAAACAUUAUGAAUUGCUUAAUGGUAUGUCUAACAAAUUUUGGGGUUGGGGACGAGAAGAUGAUGAAUUUUAUAUGAGAAUGAAAGAUGCUGAUUUAGAGAUAUCAAGGCCACAAGGUAUAACAACAGGACGCGAUUCUUUUUACCACCUGCACGACAAAGUGCGUAGGCCACGUGAUAUGACCCGCUCUCAGGGUCAAAAGAAGGAUUCUUUCAAGCGAGAUCGCGUCACAGGCCUAGAUACUUUACAGUACGAACUCAUUCGCACACACGAGCUGAAAAUAGAGGGAGCUGUAUGUACAAUUUACCAUGUGAAGGUAGCGUGUGAUGAAGAACUUACGCCAUGGUGUGUACCGACAGAAAAAAGGUGACAAAUUUUGAUGCUCGUGAUGUUUUAAUUGUUAAGAGAGUGAAUAAAGUGGUAAGUUUUAAGAGUACAAUACAUCCUGCAAUUUCAGACACCUUUGGGACCAGAAAAUGUGGGGUGGUCUCAGAGUUAUGGGGUUAUCUUUGUGUUAAAAGAUUGAAGAUUGAAAAACUGGUUAUACUUCCUUCAUCCACCCAAUUUCCUUCCCAUCGCUUUCAGUCUUUUUAUAUUAUUUGUUUCAUUUUUUAUUCAAUAUUUGUACAUGUUUGAAAACCUCUGUUCUGGUAAUUGUCUGAGACAUGGUGCAGAGUCAUGCAAAUUCAGCUCAUGCUUUAAGCCAAAUGCUAUCGGUUGUGUAAUAGUGCAAUUGCAAUCAGGUUAUUAACUCAAUUCAAUUGUUAUUCAGUUCAGAUCUAGGGAAUAAAUUAAGCUUUUGUCAUAACAGCUAAGAAAUCUGUUGUUAUUCAAAUCAAUGUGAAUUCAGAAUAUAUGAUAAGUAUACAGUUACAAAACUGUAAAUUGGACAGGGAAAAAACAUUCAAAUAUGGUGGGGACGAUUAGAUUGUAAUUGCUUACUGAAGGGAAAAUCCCAUUUUUCAUUCUAAUUUUUUGAUUUGUGAAGUGCUUUAAAUAAGUUAAUAUAUAUUUUAACAUUUUUUAUCAUGAUUCAACAGUACUGUGUUUGGAUUGAUUGGAUAUUCCUAUAUUAUAUCUUCUCUCAUAAAAAUAUGCUUAGUUUAAUUGUUCUAUUUAUCAUUGGCUGUGUUCCCAUUUUAUAAUUAAGUCUACAGACCUCAAUAUUUUUAAUUUAUAAAUUGCUUACAAAUAUGACUUGCCAAUUUUAUUGUGUACAUUUUGGUAUGAAAAAUGUCUGAGAACUAAUGAUGAAUAGAAUAAUUAUGAAGCAAUUAAUAAAUUGAUGGAUGGAUGGAAUAAAUGGAGGGAUAAAUAAAUGAACAAAUAAAUGUAUGGUAUUGGUACUGGUAUUGGGUAUUUAUAUUGGGCCUUUCCUUUGCGGUUAUGAAACGCAAGCCAAGCCUCAAUAAUUGAGGAAAACAAUGGCAAGCAUAAAAUCAGUCAUUAUUCAGGAAGCCCAUGCAUUACAAUAGUACAUACAUUCACACAAACAACAAAGACAAAUAAACAGAUUACAACAAUGGAUGGAUGGAUGGAUGAAUCAGAAUAUAUACAAAAUAAAUUAAUUAAUGAAUGGAUGGAUGGAUGGAUUAUUAAAUAAAUAAAUACUAUAAAUGGAGCAAAAUAUCUACUAUAUAUCAAUAUUUUUAUUACAGUGAGCAUAAACAUAAAUUAUUCAUUUUGAAAACAGUAAAAUUUAGUAGUUGUGUGACUGACAUAAAGAGUUAACUAGCAACUUAAGGACAGAUCACUUAAAGAAUUAGUGAUUACAGUACUUUAUUGUAGUAUUUAUAAACAGUGAUAAUAUUUUGUAUUCAACUUGUGGUUACUGUAUUUUACUUAAAUAUGUCAUUUACUCUCUGCAACUAUCUUUUGAUGAUUUUUUUUGUUUAUAAAUGUUAUUGUUACUGUUGCGAUAUCAAGUCAUCUAAUCAAAUCAAUACACGAGUUCAUACUCUGAAACUCAACGAUACAGUUUUUGUGUAUAGUGGUGAAAAGAUUGGUAGGAACAGGGCUGCGACAUGAACGUUCCUUUUUUGACCUCGAUAUCAGGUCAGAUACAGUGUAAUUGCGUGCAGCAUGGAACUGAAGGUUUUAAUACGGUUUUGUUUACCCACUAUAUACUACUGAUAAUUUAGUAUUUGUUAUGUUGCCUUAUUAUAAUUUUUGUAAUGUUUUGAAAAAUUGGUGCUUAUUUGGUUAAGGAAGAGAAUAUUUUUUACAAAAUUUCGUCAAAUAUUUAAGAUAUUUUUAAUGUGUUCUCUGGAAAUAAAAUGUGUCAUCUCUGUAAA